AUGUUGUCAGUUUUUGUUCGGAAGAACUGGUUGGUAACAACGACAACUCGAAAUUACGGAUGGGGUCGGUACCAUGGCGCCAUAGAUCCAGAAUUGGGUGACAAGAAGCCAACAUACAUCAUCAUCGGAGCUGGUUCAGCAGGAUGUGUUCUGGCUAAUCGAUUGACAGAAAAUCCUGCCAAUCGAGUGUUGUUGGUGGAGGCUGGGCCACGAGAUUCAAAAUGGAAUUGGAAAUUUCAUAUGCCAGCAGCACUCAUGUACAAUCUGUGCGAUGACAAAUAUAAUUGGUUUUACUACACUCAACCGCAAAAAAAUAUGAAUGGCCGAACAGUUUACUGGCCUCGUGGACGUGUUUGGGGAGGCUCUUCCACUCUUAAUGCGAUGGUAUACGUCCGUGGACAUCCGCUUGACUAUGAUCGUUGGGAGCAAGAGGGGGCUACAGAUUGGUCCUACAAGAAUGUACUUCCUUAUUUUAAAAAGGCUCAGACUCAUGAACUGUCAAAGGGACCAUCAGAUCUUUAUCGUGGUUGGAAUGGUCCACUUCAUGUUACGCAGGGAAAAUGCGAAAAUCCGUUGCACAAAGCUUUUAUUGAAUGCGGUGAUCAAUUUGGCAUUGGUAUUGUGGAUGACAUGAAUGGAUACAAACAGGAAGGAAUAGCCCCAAUGGAUCUAACUAUUCAUAAAGGCUUACGGUGGAGUGCAUCGAGGGCUUAUUUGUGGCCUGCACUUUCGCGCCCAAAUUUACAUACCUCGUCGAAUAUAUUGUGUACACGCAUAUUAUUUGAUAGGAACAAAGCAGUUGGUAUCGAGUUUAUAAGAAAAAAUGGUCCACUUACCGAUACUAUCAAUUCGUGGAAUCGUGAGAAAGUAUAUUGUGAAGAAGGCGUAAUUCUUGCCUGCGGUGCAAUUAAUACUCCACAGCUAUUGCUUCUUAGUGGGAUUGGACCGGCAGAUAACAUAAAAGCUCAUUCGAUUCAAGUGGUCGAGCAUUUGCCAGGAGUUGGUAAUAACUUGCAGGAUCAUCUUGAGGUUUACGUACAGCAGCAAUGUACGCAACCAAUUACACUUUACAACAAGAGUUCCUGGCGUUACCCUCAUAAUAUGAUCAAAGUUGGCUUGGAAUGGUAUUUAUCUAAGACUGGGCUUGGAGCGAGCAGUCAUCUGGAGUCUGGUGGUUUUGUGAGAAGUACGCCAAGGGUUUCUCAUCCAGAUAUUCAGUUCCAUUUCCUCCCUUCUACGGUGCAUGAUGAUGGACGCAGUACUGGUAAAUGUCACGCUUACCAGGUACAUGUUGGUCCACUGCGAUCCAAGUCUAAGGGUACAGUAACUCUGGCUAGUAAUGAUCCCAGGCGACAUCCGCUUAUGAAUCCAAAUUAUUUGGAUCAUAUAGACGACUAUGUCGAAUUUAGGCUUGCCGUACGAAUUGCAAGAGCACUGUUAAGUCAACGAAGUUUUGAUAAAUACCGCGGCGAUGAAUUAUUACCCGGAGAAGAUUGCCAGAGUAACAAACAGAUUGACGAAUUUGUUCGAACGAUGUCUGCUUCUGCUUAUCAUCCAUCCUGUUCAUGCAAAAUGGGAAUUGAAUCCGACAAAUUAGCUGUGGUUAAUCCGAAAACAAUGGGCGUCUAUGGAAUUGGGAAUCUUUAUGUAGCAGACGCAUCAGUAAUGCCAUCAAUUGUAAGUGGGAAUCUUAACGCUCCAGUUAUUAUGCUAGCUGAAAGGGCAGCAGAUUUAAUACAAAGGAAUGCACCACUGGCUGAGGAAAAUGUACCAAUAUGGUCUUCAAGUGCAGAAGAUUCAGCGAAACAUAUUUCCACAAACAAUUCAUAG